AUGCACUUAGGAAUGAAAAAUUUGGAGAAGGCAGCCACAGCGGUGGCACACUGCAAGCGGGGCAAUGGCCUCAUCAAGGUGAACGGGCACCCCCUGGAGAUGAUUGAGCCGCGCACGCUGCAAUAUAAGUUACUGGAGCCUGUUCUGCUUCUGGGCAAGGAGCGGUUUGCUGGUGUUGACAUCCGUGUCCGUGUGAAGGGUGGUGGUCAUGUUGCCCAGAUUUAUGCUAUCCGUCAGUCCAUCUCCAAAGCCCUGGUGGCCUAUUACCAGAAAUAUGUUGAUGAGGCUUCCAAGAAAGAGAUCAAAGAUAUUCUCAUCCAGUACGGCCGGACCCUGUUGGUAGCUGACCCUCGACUGCACCACUGA